AAUUCAUAAGUCAUGUCAACGAAUUCAUUUUUCAAAAAUAAUAAAUGGGAAUAACGAUAAAGGCGAGCGAAUCUUAAAGAAUCUGUGUUUGAUUUAUGAAAGACUUUAGCUCCGACUCUGAGGUUUCUCGCUGUUGAUGGCCAAGAGUGUAAUGGCGGUAGUGGAUCCCGGCAGCAGAAUCCCUUCUACCCUUGAGUUCUUCAAGGUUUUUCUCCCCAAUUCCAGUUCUCAGAGUAUGAGUAUACCACCUGCUUUUGUGAAGUAUUUUAAUGGAAGAAUACCAAGUGAAGCUAUUAUCAGAGAUCAAAGCAGAAAUUCUUGGCAUGUUACGUUGGAAGAACUGAAGAAUAUUGUGCUUUUCAAGGAUGGCUGGCAAGAAUUUGUCGACAGCCACCACUUGAAACGUGGAUACUUUUUAGUUUUCCAAUAUGAUGGAAGUCAUGUGUUUGAUGUUAAGAUAUUUGGUAAAAAUGGAUGCAAGAAAGAACUAGUAUCAAGAAUCAGUAAUCCUGUCCCGACUGUGAAGGUCAAAGACGAGCCUCUAUCUGAGGAAGAUUAUAGUACUUCCUUAACUCGUUGCAAAAGGAGUGAUUCAGAAGUUAGAUCCACUGAUAGUUCAGGCACGGCCCCCAAAUCAAGGAGAAGAUCAACAUCAAAUCUUGAAGAACACAGUCCCUCUAAGACUGCAAAACAUAUAUCAAUGAAAUUGCCAUCGCCAACGCCAACCUUCAAGCACAUAGUUAAGCAUUGGUCAUAUAAAGCCAUUCAAAUACCCCAAUUGAUCAUGGUUUCCAAUGACAUCUUGUUGAAGCCAAAUUUGGUCAUCAUAGAUGAAAUGGGCAGGUCGUGGGUGGUGAAAGCAAGGCCAAUUAGCCGUGGUCGAUUUUCCUUGACCUCUGGUUGGGGUGCCUUCUUCAUAGCAAAUAGUUUGACAAUAGAUGAUGAAUGUACAUUUGAGUUUGUUCUUGAUUCGAACAACCUUUGUGGAGAACUAAAGGUGAAAAUCACCCGAAGCCUGGAAAUAACCCAACAAGAAAAACAGAAAACAAUAGUGCAAGAGGGAUGAUACUGUUAGACCUCCUAUCAUACACACCUACAAACGCAAGGGUAAAAAGGUGAUGGUUCAAGAAGGCAGCUCAGCCAAUUGAAUUAAAUGAAAAGAAUAUUUGGGUGUGGGGCCCGCCUGGGGAGAGAGGUAUUUAAGGAAUGUUUUUAGGGAUUGGUGAGGUAGGUUUUAUUUUGUAAAAAGCCACGGUGAGCUUUUAGGGAGAAAACCAGCUUCUCGAAUUUCUGGGGGUGUUGUUCUACUGUUUUCUUACUGUUGCCUUACUAUAUUUACCUUAUCUGUUUGAACUAUCGUAGUGAACGGUUCUUGUUGGUUUAUAUCUAUAUACAAAGAACUACAGAAUAUCAUUUAUGUAUCUGUAUUGGGUUGAGUU